AUGUUCCGCCUAAGAGCUGCUGCUGCGUGCUCGAAGCGCCGGACAUUGGCGACGCUUCCAUCGUAUCAGGACAUACAGGCGAAGUUUAUAUUUUCCAAGCAGGCAUCGAGCAUUGAGGAUGUGCUAAGUAGCACUGCGGGACAGCCCGCCAUUAUAAACGGUUGGAUCGAUAGAAAGCCAAGAAAGGUGGGUAAAGGGCUGGUGUUUGGCUCCCUUAGAGACAUCAAUGGUGACAAGAUCCAGCUUGUGGACUCGCAGGCGCUGUUGAAGCAGAGCCAUGUUGAAGAUGCCGUCCAGAUUGAGGGUAAAUUGGUGCAGAAGCGGCUCAAGGAGGAUGAGAAGACGCCCGAGUACGAGAUUCAGCUCACCAGCCUGCGGACAUUGAAUGGGUGCAAUCCGAAAGCUGCGCAGAUGCAGGAAUGUAAGAUGUCCGAAAGCUAUCCUCCCGAGUAUCGCCACCUCCAGUUGCGGCUCCCGGCCUUCCAAGCCCGGAUGAAGAUGCGCCACAAUGCCUCUAAGACGGUUCGGGCAUCGCUGGAGAAGCUCGGGUUCAUGGAGGUCGAAACUCCGCUCCUAUUCAAGUCCACACCAGAGGGCGCCCGCGAAUUCCUGGUGCCAACCAGACAUAAGCAGGGGAAAGACCCUCUCUUUUACGCUCUUCCACAGUCACCGCAGCAAUACAAACAGUUACUCAUGGCCGGCGGUGUGUCGAAGUACUAUCAGCUUGCUCGCUGCUUCCGCGAUGAAGAUCUCCGGAGCGACCGACAGCCGGAAUUCACCCAGGUGGAUUUGGAGAUGGCUUUCGCCAAUGGCGAUGAUGUCAUGCGUGUUGUAGAGAGCACGGUUCUGAACACAUGGAAUGAGGUUGCACUCUCCGGAAAGCUUCAUACCCUCGACAAGGCGCUUAAUAUCGUGCCCUGUGGCCCGGACACACCUGUAUCACGCCUCACCUAUCACCAGGUAAUGACCCAGUAUGGUAUUGACAAGCCUGAUUUGCGCUUCAAAGACCUGAAGAUAGUGGACCUCUCGGAGUUCAACGUUCAUGGACACAUGCACAAACAGUUCCCCGUCUUCGAGAUAUUAAUUCUACGCAAUGCAUUUGACACGCCAGAAGACUUCAAGAAACACUGGACCCAUCUAAGUGAUCCCAAUGAAUACAACUACCGGAAGCCAAUUGUUGUACCUAUCACUGAUACGAAGCUAGAAUCGAACUGGUUUGAGUCUUUUCUUCCGAUAGCCAACUUUGAGAAUCCAAAGCUUGUUGCCAAGUUCUUUGACCUAAAGCAGGGCGAUAUUGUCUGUGGUGCCACGCGUCAGCGUACAAACGAACUUUUUGAGAACCCAACUCCGUUAGGUCGGCUGCGCCAGCUCGUUAUUCGUUCCCCUCGUGGUAAAGAAUUAUACCAAUCCACUGAUAGAGAUGUUGCCUCGUGGGUUGUCGAUUUCCCGUUGUUUUCCCCGGAAGAAGCGUCCGGCACUGAAACUCGCAAGUCAGAAUAUCCCGCAUAUGAUGCAAGCCGCCUCUGCUCCAUGCAUCACCCCUUUACAAUGGUAAGACUGCAGGAUUACCAAAAGCUUUCUGAGAAGCCGCUUUCCUGCCUCGGACAGCACUAUGAUUUCGUUGUGAAUGGUGUGGAACUGGGAGGCGGCUCCACCAGAGUUCACGAUCCAGUACUACAGCGGUAUAUCUUUAACCAAAUAUUGAAGAUUAACAACGAAGAUCAGGUCUUUGGUCACCUGCUAGAAGCCUUUUCUAUGGGUACACCUCCCCACGCAGGUUUCGCGAUUGGUUUUGACCGGAUGGUCGCGAUGAUGUGUGCCAAGGAAAGCAUAAGGGAUGUCAUUGCGUUCCCAAAGAGUGUCACCGGCUCCGACCUUCUAGUCCGCAGUCCGUCAGUGGUACCUGAAACAACUUUGGCUGGCUACAACAUCGCUCCUGUGCCCGAAAAGUCAUAA